ACGUUGAUUGGAUUUUUGGAUUGCACGCGUCUAUCUGGCUGAAUAAUUUUAAAUUGAUUGCGAAAUGACCAACUCCGAGUUCCAGGCUGUAGUUUUGGCUGCCGGUCGAGGCACGCGUCUGCCCGAAGUCCUCGGCGAUGCGCCCAAGUGCCUGCUGCCGGUGGGGCCCUUUCCGCUGUUGUGGUAUCCCCUGAAUAUGCUGCAACAGCACAACUUUUCCGAGGUGAUUGUGGUGGUUCUGGAGCAGGAGAAGCUGGAAAUUCAAUUGGCCCUGGAGAACACACCCCUGAAGCUGAAGGUCGACUAUGCCACAAUUCCCAGCGACAGCGACUUCGGCACAGCGGACAGCCUGCGCUACAUAUACGAUAAAAUCAAAUCGGACUUUCUGGUUGUGAGCUGCGACAUUGUCAGCAAUGUGAGCCUGUACCCGCUGAUAAACAAGUUCCGCGAGCACGAUGCCGCGCUAGCUCUCCUUCUGUUCAAGAGCGGCUUCGAAUCGGAUGUGGUCAUGCCGGGGCCAAAGACGAAGCACAAGCCGGAGCGCGAUGUGAUUGGAGUUCAUUCGGCUACCCAGCGUCUGGCCUUUUUGACCGCUGCCAGCGACUGCGAGGACACACUCAACAUCCAGAGGCACUUACUGAAGAACAAGGGACAGCUGGAUGUGUACAGCCGUCUGUUAGAUGCCCACAUCUAUGUGUUGAAGAAGUGGGUCAUCAACUAUCUACACAGGAAGGAAAAUAUCUCAACGUUCAAGGGGGAGUUCCUGCCCCAUCUCAUCAAGAAACAACAUGCCAAGCGGCCUGCCAAGGCUGUUCAGGACACGACAUCUGAAGUGGGUCUGGUCACCAAGCUCGAGGACAACGUUCUACAUUAUGUCCCGCACACGGCUCUGGAUCAGAAAAUCACGCAGACGUCGCUAUUUAAUCAAUCGCUGUCGCAUGUUCCCUAUCACGGGGACGUUGUGCGCUGCUAUGCCGUCCAGGCCCCAAAGGAUGCCAUCGGAGUCCGAGUGAACAGCACGCUCAGUUUUCUGGCCAUCAACCGAAAGUUGGCCAGCAUCUGGAUCGAGCUGUGCGGCGAAGCGCAUCCGCUGAUCGCUGCCGGGGCUCUGGUUAAGUCCACGCAGACGAAGGAUAUCAUAGCGGCCGACAACGCCAAGCUGUCGGAGAAGACCUCCUUGAACUACAGUGUUUUUGGACCAAAUUGUGUCAUCAAUCCGAAGAACAUUGUGAGCAACUCGCUCGUCAUGUCGAACGCCAUUGUGGAGGAGGGCUGCAAUAUAGACAACUGCAUCGUGGGACAUCGGGCGCACGUGAAGAAAGGCUCUGUCCUGAAGAACUGCAUCAUCGGCCCCAACUACGUGGUGGACGAGGGCACCAAGAGCCAGGCGAUGCAUCUGUCCAACGCCGACCAGUACAUGGAGAUAGACAUACAAUGAGCAGCUAACUUAAAUGUGGCUUCUCCUUUAUUAACGAAUUGAGUUAGAAGGCGGAUUCGGCUAUCAGGACAUUAAAUA